CGGAUUGGGGAAUGAGGCAGAUAUCUGAUUGGGAAUUGAAACAACAUUAGGCGGGGCUGAACAAUGGGACCAAUCAGAAACAGCCGCCCCACCAUUCCUCCCGAAGGUAUAAGAGGCCGCAAUGUGGGCGGAGUGUAGCAUUCUCUGUGGAAGCGUCUGUGCGAUAGUGAGUAUGUCUGGAAGAGGAAAAGGCGGUGGGAAAGCUCGCGCCAAGGCGAAGUCUCGGUCGUCCCGGGCUGGCCUGCAGUUCCCGGUGGGCCGUGUUCACAGGCUCCUGAGAAAGGGCAACUAUGCUGAGCGUGUGGGUGCCGGAGCGCCGGUCUAUCUGGCUGCGGUGCUGGAGUAUCUGACGGCUGAAAUCCUGGAGCUGGCCGGCAACGCGGCCCGGGACAACAAGAAGACCCGCAUCAUCCCCAGGCACCUGCAGCUGGCCGUGCGCAACGACGAGGAGCUCAACAAGCUGCUGGGAGGGGUGACCAUCGCUCAGGGCGGGGUGCUGCCUAAUAUCCAGGCCGUGCUGCUGCCCAAGAAAACUUCCGCUGCUGGAUCUGCUAAAAACUGAAGAGCCCGUUCUUGAAUCCGACAACCCAAAGGCUCUUUUAAGAGCCACUCACAACAUCUGUGAAAGGAACUGAACUCUGUCGGGUUGAAUUACUUUCCUUUAUAUCUAGCCGUUAUACCUAACCUUGCUACAUUUAUAAUCUCCAUUUUAUUGGAUAUUGUUGCUGUCGGUGGCAGCAGAGGAAGAUUAUAUCAUAGAAUACGAUUAUAA